AUGUACACCAACACUGCAUGGAUGCUUGAUGGAGCACUUUGUUGGGUUUCGAUUGAUGAGGAAUAUUCAAGAGGACACAUCUAAAAAUUGCUUAAUUAAAGAAGUGUUGCUCGAGUAAUUUUAGCAGAUAACAAAACUAUAGAUGUACCUGUUAAUUAGAUUUUAAGAGCAAGUAAUAGUAAAGCUAUAGAUCUUACUGAAUUGCCACAUAUAAGUGAACCUGAAGUUUUAUUUAAAAUAAAAAACAUAAUUUAUUUAGAUAGACAGAUCCUUUUGUAAAAUGUAAAUACUUCAUUAGCAGAUUUUGUUUAAUAUAAAAAAUAUAUUGAUGAAAGAUUGAUUGUGAGUUCAAUUCCACCUCAUAUAUUUUCAACAUUAUUUUAUGCAUAUUAAAAUUUAGAUAUAGGAAAAAAUUCAUAGAUUAUUGUAACGGGAAACAAAGGAUAUGGUAAAACAUAAAUUAUAAAUGAUAUGAUUAAUUUUCUAAGUAAAGACACACUCAUGUAUUAUAAUUUAAUUAAAUCAUUUAUAACAGAUAACAAUGGUCAUACUUAAGGAGUAAUAAAUUAUAGAUUUAUUUAUAAAUAAAGAAGACUUAUUGGACUUUUAUUUCAAUCUUAUUAUGUGAAUUUUGCUGAAUAUUAGAAUGCUUAAUUCUUUACAUAAAAAUGGGAAGAAUUACAAAAUAUAGAAAUACUUAAAUUAAUUCAAAAUGAAAAAAUUGAGAAUGCUAAAUAAUUUUAGAAUAUGUUUGAAAAGAUAAUUCUAAUAAUUAAUGGUUUGGUUUAAUUGAAUGAUAAUAUAUAAAUGAUUAGUAUAUUGGAAUAUCCAGGAAAGUCAGAUUAAUUAUCUGAAUACAUAUCAGAAAAGAUUGAAUAAAUAUAUAUAUAGAGUGUGUUUAAGAAUUGUUAGAAUUAAUUAAUAUAAGAUUAAUUGCAUGAAUUAAAUAAAUAAAUUUCAUUUGAAGAUAAUUUAUCUAUUUUAGAAGAACUUGAAAAUAAAAUUUAGAUUCCUUCUAAUAUAGGAAAAUUGAAUAAUAUAAUGACAAAAGAUACAUAAAUGUUAUUUAUAAGAGUCAUUUAAAAUAAAUAAGAUUUAGGAUAAUUUAGAAUUUUUGAUUCAAUUAAAUUCUUUAAAAAUAGUUAUCCUUAUCGAUUAACAUUUAAUGAUUUUUAUUAAAGAUAUCAUCAUCUAGAUAUAUUUAAUAAAAAGAUUUCUCUUUAAAAACAUAUUAAUAGUAAUUAAGAUAUGAAAGCGUUAGUUACUGAAAUAUGUAAACGAUUGACAUAAUCAAAAGGAUUAUUAUUUGGAUAAUCAUAAGUAUAUUUCAAAAAAGAAGCAAUAGAAAAUUUGAAUAAGUUGCUAUGUAAUCAUAAUUUAAAAUUAAGUGUUUAUGCUAAAAUAAUAUAAAGAGCCUAUAGAAUUAGACAAUUUAGAAAAGUAAUAUUGGCAUGUGUUAAGAAAAUUGCAAAAACUAAAUCAAUUGAAUAAUAAGUCAUAUCUGAAAGUGAAUUAGCAUAUAUUGAAAAUGAAAUUAGAAAAUAAAGUUAAUCUUAAUUAAAAGAAGAAAAAGAAGAAGAAAUUAUAAUUGAAAUUUCAGAUGAUGAAUCUUAUAUACUUUUGAAUGAAAAUCAAUUAGAAGAAUAUAAAAAAAUAAAGAAAGAACAUAUAAAGAAAAAAUAACAUAGUUUAAUAAAUGGAUAAAUUUAUGAAGAAGUUUCAGAUGUAGCUUAUAGUUUAUUAACAUAAGAGUAAUAGAUUUAAAGGAAAGAUAAUAUAAAUAAGAAGAAAAUAGAAUAAUAAUUAAAAGAAUUAGAAGUAAUAUAAAAUGAAGCAUCUGAUCCUGAAUCUUUUUAAUUAUUGACAUAAGAAUAGAAAUUUCAAUACUUAAUUAUGAAAAAAUAAAAUUAAACUUAAGUUGCAUAUAGAUUAUUAGAUCAAAAUUAAUAAUUGAAAAUUAAAUAAUAAAGAAGAUUAAAUAAAAUAAAAGAUUUUAAAUAAAAAUAUUAUGAUUAAUUAGAACCAUUCUUAAGUGAUUUAGAAGCAUUUAAAUAAUUAACUAUUGGAUAAUAAAAUGAAUAUAAAAAGAAAAAAUUAUAAAAUUAAAAGAAUGUAGCAUUAUCUUUAUUAAGUGAAUAAUAGUAAUAAAAUAGAAGACAAUAUUUGGUAUAAUAAAGACCAAGAGAAUUAUGUAAAAAAAGAUUCUUAGUAGAUGAUCCACUAUCAGAUUAGGAAGCCUUUCUAUUAUUGGAACCAAUAUAAAAAGAUAAAUAUAAAUAAGAAAAAGCAAAAUUUAAACCAUUAAAACUAUUGUAAAGUAUGGCUAGAUUUAGUGUAGAUGUUGAAGUAUCAGAUCUUGAAUCAUUUAAAUUACUUGAUAAUAAUAAAGAUGUUUAUAUUAAGUACAAGUAAAAAUUAAGAUUGUGUGAAGAUAUAUCAGAUAUAGAGGCAUAUCUUUCAAUUGAUAAUGUAAAUGAGUAUAUUCGAUUAAAAAAGGAAGGUUAAAGUGGAAUUGCUAAAUAAAUGGCAAAUCUUAAAUAGUAUGAAGAAUUAUAUCAAUUACGAUUGUAAGCCUAAUAGAGAUUGGAUGAAUUAGGAUUGGUUAGAUAUGAUUUAUUAGAUUCUAUUGCAUUUAAUCUUUUAAGUUAAAAUUAAUGGUUAUAAAGAAAAUAAUAAUUAAAUGAUUAUUAACAAAGAAAGAAGAGGAUGAAUGACAUAGGAAAUUUUUGUUUUGAUUUAGAUUCUUUGGCUUAUAUGAAUUUGACAAUUGAAAAGAAAAAUGAGAGAAAAUAGAAGGAGAAAAUGUAAAUUCUUUUAAAAAAUAUUAUAAACCCAAUUUUAUUUGAAAAUCAUUUGCAUCCUAAUUCUAGUGUGGCAUUUAGAUUAUUAUAGAAUAAGGAUAUUGUUUAUAGAAAAAUCUCUUUAGCAUAUAUAUUAUUAAAAGAUAAAACUUUUAGAGAUUAAUAAUUAAAGGAACUUCAAGUUUAUGAUUGGGAAGAAGUUAAUAGUUUAUAAUAGAAAUAAGCAUUAUUAUAGGAAAAGAUAAAUAUUUAUGAAUAAGAAAAAGAAAAUUUAAAGAAGGAAGAGUUUUCAGAUUAUGAAGCUUAUAAAUUAUUGGAUGAAGAUUAAUUAUUGGAUUAUUAAUAAAAUGCUUAUUCUUUUUUAGAUGAUGAAUAAAAAUAAGUACAUAGAAGGAUAAUAAAAGCAAAAUUAAUAUCCAAUUAAUUUCAUUCUGAUUUGGAUUCAUAUGAAAUGUUAAGUGAUGAUUCAAAAGAAAAAUAUAAAUAAAUGAAAAUGGGAGAUGUUUCUGAUUAUUGUGCUUAUGAAGUAUUGGAAGAUAAAUAAGAAUAUUGGAAAGAAAAAUAAAGAAAGAAAGAAUUAUUAGAAUAAAUAGAAUCUUAGGGAUUCAAAAUAUAUUUUGGAGCAACACCAUAAGUAAUGAUAAAAAGUGAAUAUUAAUAAUUUAUAAAAUAGAAAUUAACUAUUCAAUAAAAGAUUAAAGAUGAAGAGAUGAGUUUUUUAAAAUAACUUUAAUAAGAAUAAAUAGUAUAAUAAAAGAAAUCUGAAAUUAAAAAGACUUAUAUAAUAUAAAAACUAAUUUCAAAUCCAAAAUCAUAACCUUAUAUAAUAUAUGAUAAUUGUUAAUUGAAUAAAAGGAUUUUAGACAUUAGAUCAGCUCCAGAUAAAAAUUUAAGUUUCUUUUUAGAUAAAGAAUUUAUAUCUAAAAUGGAAAAACAUAAAUUUUAUGAUUAUUGUUAACAAGUAUUAAAUCAUGAAGGUAAAUAAGUUUAAAAAAUUAUGAAAUGUUAAAGUGAAAAUCUAAAACAUCCAUUAACAAAACUAUAAAAUGAAACUACUGCAUUAAAUGUAUUUCGUAGUAUUACUAAAUUUGCACAUAUGAAAAGAUCACGUUAAACAAUUAAAUAACAUUUAGAGAAAAUAUUAUGUGCAUUAAUAGGGAAUGAUGCAUAAAUUGAAUUACCUCCUGCUCCUAAAAGUUUAAUUAAAGCUCAUACAAUUGAUAUUGAUGCAUUAAAAAAAACUAUAUAAUUAGAGACUGCUGGAAGGAGAUUUAGUAAUUAAGAAGAUUAUGAAUGUAAUCAAGAAAAUAGAGAAGAAAUAUUAUUAUAAAUAUUUAAAUAAAUUGAAGGGAAUAAAAAAGAACAUUUACAUCAUUUAUUAAGAUUAUGUAUUGUUAUAACUCAUUGUAUUCCAUAUUAUCAUCCAAUACCAUACAUUUAAUAUUUAGUAGAUAAAAUUGAGAAUCCAGAAAAUAAAUUAUUUAAAGAUCCUGAAAUUUAUAAAUUUUGUAAAUAAUUAAUUAAGAAUCUUGCUCUAAAUACAAAUGAAUAAGUAUUUAAAAAUGAAAUAAAAAUACCAUUAUGUCCUAGAAAAUAUCUACCAAAAGCAGAUGAAAUCUAAUUAAUGUUUGAAUGUAAAUAAUCAAUAGUCAAAUUAUUUAUUCAUAGUGAUACUCCUAUAUGGGUUGAAGUAGAUCAUCAUUAUAGUGUUAAAUCAGUUAUAAGAAGUGCAUGUAAUUAUAUAGGUUAAAUAAAUAAUUGGAAUCAUUUUGGAUUAAUUGUAGUACAUUCCAAAUUUGAUACCAUCUAUAAUACUUCAUGGCUUGAUGAAUCUGCAAAUUUCUUUGAUAUCCUUAAUAAAUUAGAAUUUCAUGAAGAAAUUAAUAAUAAUGUGUAUAAAUUGAAUAAAAGAUUUGAAAUCUAUUUGACAAUCAAAGAAUUUUUUUAAUUCAAUAAAUCAGAUUAAGAUAUCCUUGACCUUGUCUUUUAUUAAAUGGUUUUUGAUGUAAAAAGAAACAAGAUUUAAUUAAAAGCUGAAGAUUUAUAAAUAUUAUCAGAAUUAGAAAUGUAUAUUAGAUAUGGCGAUAACAUAAAUAAUUAGAAAUAUAAUUUAUCAGAUAAAAAUAUGGCAAAGUAUUCUAACCAUUAAUACAUAGGCUUGAGUAUUUAAAAAUAUUGCGUCUAGCUGAUAGCAAUUCAAUUCCAGAUAUAAUAAUUUGA